GCGGGCUCCGGUGUGCAGGGGAGAAGCGGCAAGUCGAGAAGGAAGAGCAGUCCCUGAGGAGGAGGACUCCUUUUGAGGGGGGGAUCUCCAUUGCUGCCUUGUGCUAUGGUUCGGGGUUUGGGAAACUGAUGUGGCUGGUGGCGUUCGAGUAUGAGGCUGUUCUCAUCUGCAGAAAGGGUGAGGGAAAUGUCAGUGAAGCACUCGGAAACCAGUGCAAUUCGUGGUGGAAAUACUGCUGUUGGAGUAGUGGGAUAAGACUCGGCAGCGCUGGGUGCCUGCAGUGCCGGGAGGAGGCUGCGGGCGCCGCUGUUGACCGAGGAGGAGCGAGAGGAAGGCCGGAGCGCUGCAGGCAGCCCCGCCCGCUGCGGCCCGACUCGCUGGCUGGCUGGCUGGCUGUGUGGGCGUCCGGGCGGUCUGCGAGCGUCCCCGCGGUGCGGAGCCGUGCUGCAGCGAGGCGGAGGGGCCGUCGGCAGCGGCCGGCAGCGACGACACGGAGCCGGAGAAAGACCCGGAGCCGGCUCGUCGGUGGGCGGUGGAGCGGUGCCGGCGGUGAGGCGGCGGCGAUGUGGGCUGCGUGGAGACGGUGGGGCCGGCGUGAGCGAUCCCUGCUGUGGUGCGUGCUGGUGGCGGCGUGGGAGGCGGCGUGGGGGCAGCUGCGCUACUCGCUUCCCGAGGAGAUGCCGAAGGGCUCGUUCGUGGGCGACGUGGCCAAGGACCUGGGGCUCGACCUGCCGGCGCUCCGGCACCGCGGCGUCCGCAUCGUAGGCAGAGGUCGGACGCAGUAUUUCGCUCUGCACGGGAAGACGGGGCAUUUAGUGACGGCGGAGAGGAUAGACAGAGAGCAGCUGUGCCGGCUGGUGGAGAAAUGCGUGCUGCGAUGUGAGGUGAUAGUAGAGGGGGAAAUGCAGGUUCACGGAAUCGAAGUGGAAAUCAUGGACAUUAACGACAACGCCCCCAGCUUCCGAGAACCUGAAAAAGAACUGAGAAUGAGCGAGACGACAGCCCCGGGUUGGCGGUUUCCCCUGGCCGAGGCUCUCGACCCGGACGCGGGAUCGAAUUCCGCGCGGAGGUACGAGCUGAGCGGCGACGAGCACUUCUCGCUGGCCGUGCAGGCGGGCCCCGGCGGGGAGCAGCGUCCCGAGCUGGUGCUGGCGAAGGCGCUGGACCGGGAGGAGGCGGCGUUUCACGAGCUGGUGCUGAGGGCGAGCGACGGCGGCGAGCCGUCGCGGACGGGCACGGCGCGGAUCCGCGUGGUCGUGCUGGACGCGAACGACAACGCGCCCGUGUUCAGCCAGGCGGAGUACGCGCUGCGUGUGCCGGAGGACGUGCCCGUGGGCUCCGUCCUCGUCACCCUCACGGCCACCGACGCCGACGAGGGGAUGAACGGGCACGUGAAAUACUCCCUGAAGAAAACUAAGGACACGGCAUCGGACAGAUUUCAGGUUGAUGCAGAGACGGGAGUGAUCACGCUCUUGCAGAGUCUAGACUUCGAAGAAGGCGACUCCUACGAAUUGGAGAUGCAGGCAGAGGAUGGCGGCGGCCUUUACGACACGGCAAAGGUCGCGAUCACGGUGACAGACGUCAACGACAACGUGCCCGAACUAACAGUGACUUCUCAGCUGAACGCGAUCUCGGAGGACGCCCCGUCGGGGACGGUGGUGGCCCUGCUGCACGUGCAGGACCGGGACUCGGGGGCGAACGGCGAGGUGCGGUGCAGCAUCGCGGAGCGGCUGCCGUUCCGUCUGGAGAAGACCUUUGAGGACUACUACCGCGUGGUGACGGCCGAGGAGUUGGACCGUGAGAAGGUGUCGGAGUACAACGUGACGGUGCGGGCGGCGGACGGCGGGUCGCCGUCGCUGUGGAGCAGCGCGGUGCUGGCGCUGCGGGUGCUGGACGUGAACGACAACGCGCCGGUGUUCGCGGAGGCGCGCUACAGCGCCCGGCUGCCCGAGAACAACGCGGCGGGCGCGCUGGUGCUGACGGUGCGGGCGGCGGACGCGGACUGGGGUCAGAACGCGCGCGUGCGGUACCGGCUGUCGGAGGGGCGCGUGCGGGGCGCGCCGCUCUCGUCCUACGUGUCGGUGCAGGCGGAGACGGGCGCGCUGUACGCGCUGCGCUCCUUCGACUACGAGGAGGUGCGCGAGGUGGGGCUGUGGGUGCGGGCGGAGGACGGCGGGGCGCCGGCGCUGAGCAGCAACGUGUCGGUGCGGCUCGUGAUCGUGGACGAGAACGACAACGCGCCGCAGGUGCUGUACCCGCCGCCGGCGCCGGCGCCGGGCGCGGGCUGGGCGGGCGUGGAGCUGGCGCCGCGCUCGGCCGAGCCCGGGGCGCUGGUGGCCAAGGUGGUGGCGGUGGACGCGGACGCGGGGCAGAACGCGUGGCUGUCGUACGAGCUGGCCAAGGCGACGGAGCCGGGGCUGUUCCGCGUGGGGCUGCACAGCGGCGAGGUGCGCACGGCGCGCUUCCCGCUGGCCCGCGACGCGGCGCGGCAGAGCCUGGUGGUGGUGGUGAAGGACCACGGGCGGCCGGCGCUGUCGGCCACGGCCACGCUGACGGUGGUGCUGGCCGAGAGCGUGGCCGAGCUGCUGUCGGAGCUGGGCAGCGCGGCGGCGGCGCCGGGCGAGCCGGCCGGCAGCCUGACGCGGUGGCUGGUGGUGGCCGUGGCCGCCGUGUCCUGCCUCUUCCUCGCCUUCCUGCUGCUGCUGCUGGCGCUGCGCCUGCGGCGCUGGCGCCGCUCGCAGCUGCUGGCGGCGGGCAGCGGCGCCUUGCGCGGCGUCCCGGCCUCGCACUUCGUGGGCAUCGACGGCGUCCGCGCCUUCCUGCACUCCUACUCGCACGAGGUGUCGCUCACCGCCGACUCGCGCAAGAGCCAGCUCCGCUUGUCGGGCGGCAGCUGCUGCGACACCCUCCCGGCCCGGCCGCCGCCCGCCGAGCCCGCGCCGCUGCUCGGGGAGGACCCUGCCGGCGCCCGCCGCGCCGACCCCGCCGCUGCCCCGCAGGGAGAUGUGAAGGGUUCUGUAUGAAGCCCGUGGUGUGAUGGUGGUGUGGGUUGAAGACAACCGUUUGAUGACACGUGCUUGUAAAUUUUGAGGGUCGAAGAACAUGAUGGAAGUUGUGAAAAGUUGGAGAGGAGAAUCUGGGGCUCUGUGCGUGAGGAGGUGCUGAAGGACCCAAGAGCUAUGCUUUGCCCCUUUCCCUGUUCAGUGUCCAGCUGUAGUAUCAUGCAAUGUGAGUUUCUUCUUCCCAAAGAAGUUUGGCUCGAAGAGGUGUUCUUCCUUCUGUACUGGGAGCCCUGGAGGGUCUUCCCGUGUGUUUGCAGGUUGUUGUCAAUACUUAACAAACAGCCUAAUUAAGUACUCGAGGAUAAAGGCCAUAAUGAGAUCUUUGGGAAGAGCAAAUUGUGUAUUCACUACCAUCUAAACACCUUCAUUAUGCACCUUCUCUAAGUGUCUUCAUCCAGAAGGCUAUGUUCUGAUCCUUUCCUUUCUGCAGCUGCUAACUUCUUGCCUUGCUCGUUGGAAUGAUCCGAAGGUGGGCCUUGUUUUCUCAUAAUGUACUGAGCACCAAAUUUGUUAUGUUUCCUUGACUGUCCCGUACGUGCCUUUUGUGUCUAGAGGUGUAAAGAGGAAGACUUCCAUAGACGUAUUUCCUUAAAAAGUUACUGGAGGAAAUGCUCUUGCUUGUCACAGGCACAUGGUGAGAAGUCAAGAAUUACCCAUAGUGAGGAGAAGUUACCAGUGCAAAUUUUCAUUCCAUGGAGUCUGUUUGCAAAUGAUGAUGAUCAUUAACAACUAUGCGAGCUGUGAAGUGUUUGAGGAGAGUCUUGGGGGUGGCAGUUCUUGAGCAUAGAGCUACAUUUUGCAUUAAGAUUUAAGCGUGAUGUAUCUUCCAGGUUGCCCCUGUGUUGAAGCAGGAUGAUGGUGUCUUUGAGUUGAUACUUUGACGACUGAGUGUUUGUUGGGGCUGCA